CCUGUACAAUCGAGGUAGAUGUAUCCAAUCGAAAGAUACCUUGGCCAUUUAAAAAAAUAUGUUAAAAACUUAGCUAAACCCGAAGGCUCGAUAGCAGAAGCUUAUGUUGUUGAAGAAGCUAUAACAUUUUGUUCACACUAUUUACGAGGUGUUGAAUCCAAGUUAGACAAACGUGACAGAAAUGAUGACAAAACCUCUAGUGAUGCUCAAAGUUGUGCGUUGGAUGUUUUUAGAUUGAAUGGUCGAGGUAUUGGGAAGAAAGAAGUACAUAUCCUUCCUAGUAAUCUUAUGAAAAAAGCAAUAUGGUUUAUCUUCAACAAUUGUCAAGAGGUUCAGCCGUACUUAGAAGAACACUUGCGGUUUUUACAAAUGCAACAUCCGGAAUCAUCAGAUUUUUACGAGAUGCAGCAAUCUACAUUCUCGACUUGGUUUGCAAAACGGAUUCAAGAGAUGUAUGCGCUAAAUCCAUCUCAAAUUAAUGAAGAGUUAUAUGCAUUGUCUUGCCUUCCUGAUAAUCGAGUAUCGUCACACAGGGGUUAUAUCGUGAACGGGGUAAAAUUUAUAGUUAAGUCAAACGAUGACGGUAGACAAACACAAAAUUGUGGAGUUACGGUACCGGGCGUUCAUAAUGAUAUCGAAGAUGACUAUUAUGGAUUUCUUGACGAAGUCAUUGAACUGUCAUUUAUAAGAGGUUAUCGUAUAAUAUUAUUCAAAUGCACAUGGUUUGAUACUGAUCGUCGAAGAAAGAACGUGAUAUUUGAACCUCAUUUUAUAAGCAUAGACACGUCUCGACAUGCUUACAAGGAGGAUCCUUUCAUCUGUGCAAACCAGGCUAAACAAGUGUUUUACAUAAAUGAUCCACUUAAACCAAAUUCACAAUGGAAAAUCAUUGAAAGAAUUACCCACAGACACUUGUGGGAUAUUCCAGAAGACAAGAAUGCAGAAGAUUUGUUAGAAGAUGUCAACCUUCACCGUAAAGAUGUUGAAGAAGAAAUUGUUGAAAACGUUGAUGUUGAUGGCACUAUAGAUGAUUUUAUCAAUGACAAGCUAGAUGAUUCUGAUCAUAGCAUGGAAGAUUUUGGUUCAAAGUCAAAUCUGGAUGAUUCAGACACAGACACUGAUAAACCCAAUGAUGAAAUGGAAAAUGAUGAGUCAGACGAUGAUGAUUGGUAAUGUUCAGUAUGUAACAUUUGUAAAAGUAGAAGUAUCAAGAAAGGAAUUACAUUGAAGGAAAAAGUAGAAGUAUCAAGAAAGGAAUUACAGAAGGAUGAAUUUGGAAGAAGCUUAUCUUAGAGGCUUGUGCUACGUGGACUUAUGAAGGUUGUUGAUAUGUUGUAGUAGGUUGAUUUGGAUGCUAAUGAUCUUAUUUUGUACUUUGUUGAACUUUGAACUUCUUUUAUAUUUUGUUAGAAUUGAUUUGGACAUAUAAUGUAUUAUGUUAAACGUAAUAUGUUUUUAAAAUUAUUCAAUAA